AUGGCCACACAACCCCAUUUUUCCUUUCGGGCCAUCGCUUUAGUCUUCCUCCCCUUUCCACUAGCAGCCUUUGCAGAUGAAGGGAGUGCAACAUUCUACACACCUCCUUACUGGGUUAAGGAAUGGAAGAGAAUUACUCUGUUUAUUUCUUCUUUUGGUGACGCAACUUCUGCUUGUAAUGGAUAUAAUGAUGAUGGUGUGAUGAUUGCGGCUGCAAGUGAUGCAAUCUGGGACAAUGGUGGUGCAUGUGGAACAAGGUAUAGUGUCACUUGCCUUAAUGAGACCAACCUGGGCGACCCCCACCCCUGCAACGGCAACUCGGUCGUUGUGACGAUUGUCGAUUACUGCCCCCCACCUGGAUGCCGAGGCACCCUUGACUUAUCACAGGAAGCUUUUUCCUCCAUUGCCAAUCGGGAUGCUGGCAAAAUAAACAUACACUUUUAG